AUACACACAGAGAGACACACAUACACACACGCGCGCACACACACACGCACACGCAGCGCAGUCCCCGGGCUUUGAGCUCUUAGGCGAGCUAGCGUCACUAAUCUAUGUUUUUAAUCAAAUCUGCGAGGAAUCGCAUGGGCAAUUACGGCGCACAUUUCGUAGGUUUAUCCAGAUCCGGAGGAAAUCUUCGACUAAAUGCCUACAGAAUAAACUAAUAAUUCAAGGCUGGUUUGUGAACUGCGGGAUGGAUGGAUUUUACGACCAGCAAGUGCCUUACAUGAUCACAAAUAAUCCACGUGGGAAAAAAAGUAAUGAGACACUAGUAAAUGAUAGGAAACGAAAGUUAAUGAAUACAGACUUGGCUCAUGAUUCGGAAGAGCUUUUUCAGGAUCUUAGCCAGCUGCAAGAGACUUGGCUUGCAGAAGCUCAAGUUCCAGACAAUGAUGAGCAGUUUGUACCAGACUUUCAAGCUGAAAACUUGGCCUUUCACAGUCUCCCUCUGAAAAUCAAAAAGGAACCCCAGAGUCCUUGCUCAGAAUUGAGCUCUACCUGCAGCCAAGAGCAACCUUACAAAUACAGUUAUGGGGAAAAGUGCCUGUAUAAUGUCAGUGCCUAUGAUCAGAAAUUGCAAAUUGGAAUGAAGCCUUCUAGUCCUCCCACAUCAUCCAGCACUCCAGUGUCCCCACUCCACCAUGCUACUUCAAACCCGCCACCUACUCCAAAAUCAGAUCGUACUUACCCUCCACAUCUUCAGCCAUCACAGCAAAUGCCUGAUAAUUCUUUCCAGAUGGACCACAGAUUUCGCCGCCAGUUGUCGGAACCAUGCCAUUCAUUCCCCACUCCCCCUGCAAUGCCCAGAGAUGGCAGACCAAUGUACCACAGGCAGAUGUCUGAGCCUAGCAUCCCUUUUCCACCACAGAGCUUCAAACAGGAGUUUCCUGAUCCUGUGUAUGAGCAUGCAGCCAUGGUUAGUGGAUCAGCAAAUCCGACCUAUCCACCUUCAAUGAUCAUCAAACAGGAGCCAAGGGAUUUCACAUAUGAUUCAGAAGUACCAAGUUGUCAUUCCAUCUACAUGAGGCAGGAAGGUUUUUUGCCUCAUUCCAAUAGGACCGAAGGCUGUAUGUAUGAUAAAGUACCGAGACACUUUUAUGAUGAUACUUGUGUUGUUCCUGAAAAAUUUGAAGGUGACAUUAAACAGGAACCUGGAAUGUACAGAGAAGGCCCCACAUAUCAACGACGAGGAUCUCUCCAAUUAUGGCAAUUUCUGGUCGCACUCUUGGAUGAUCCGUCAAACUCUCAUUUUAUAGCAUGGACUGGUCGAGGAAUGGAAUUUAAACUCAUUGAGCCUGAAGAAGUGGCACGUCGUUGGGGCAUUCAGAAGAAUCGUCCAGCCAUGAAUUAUGAUAAGCUGAGUCGAUCUUUGCGCUAUUACUAUGAGAAAGGGAUCAUGCAAAAGGUGGCAGGAGAAAGAUACGUGUACAAAUUUGUGUGUGACCCAGAAGCGCUUUUCUCAAUGGCUUUUCCUGACAAUCAACGCCCUGUGUUGAAGACCGAUAUGGAGCGCCAUAUCAAUGAGGAAGACACUGUCCCACUUUCCCACUUUGAUGAAAACUUGGCUUACGUGCAGGAGGGAGGUUACUGUAAUUCUCAUCCUUAUAAUGAAGGCUACGUGUAUUAACAGAUGAUGUGGCAGAUAAUUCCCUCAAUGUGUUCUUAUACGUCAUGGAUCAAGGUUCGAUUUAGGAUUUGCCUAGAUCAUAAUUUGCUUUCACUGGCUUCAUGAAGAGGGUCUUUGUUCUUAUCAUAUUACAACACAAUCCACUAUGGAUAGUGCACUUUAUUGAUAAAGACUGAAAUUUGAAUUUGAAUAGAAAAGGUGGGGUUGUUUUUACUUUAUUUUCUAAGCAUUUGAAAGCAACUUUCAGAAGAUAUUUCACGAGUAAUCCAGUCAAAUGAGAUUAGAUCGAUUUGGGAUUUACAAUGAUGAUUGAGAUGUUACUUUCUCCAUAUGAAAAUGUCCACUAUUACUAAUAGGACAAUGUGGGGAAAUCGGAUUUUCCCCAGAGGAGUGCAACUGCAAGAUAAAUGCCUUUAUAGUUUGAAAAGGUUUUUUUUUUUUUGGCUUCAUUCUGGUUGUCGUCAUCUGCUGAUGUCAGCAAUACUGAUUAUUUAAAAUUGCAUUCAUUCCAAUUAUCCUUUACUUUUAAAAAGGAAAUGCUGUUUUGAGAAAUUGAUAUUUAAACUAACAGUUUUGAAGUUAGACAAAGGUAACUGAUAUGGCAUAGCCCAACGUAGAGUUAUAUUCUUGCCAUGUUGGCAACUAAAGACCGCAGUGUGUUGUGAAUUUUAUUUGUAUUUUUAUUUUUGCAAAAUUUUUUUAAGAUAUACUAUGCGCAUUGUGCAAAUAUGCUUUUUCUUUUAAACGGAUCUGAAAUCUGUGCCCCUACAUAUAUGAUUUUCAGAAAGAAAACACUAUUAGCAACAUUCUGACCCCAAAGAAAAUUUUAGAAAAAUAUGACAAAAGAGAUCUUAAGCAAUACUCAUAUUGUAAUUAUUUAUUUACACCAUAAUUUGUUCACUAAAGAGGAAUCACCUGUAUUCUUAGCUCAUUUUAUUAUUAAUGCUGUAUUAACACAAUAAACACACUUAAAUAAAAUGUAUACAAUAAAUAGGUACUUAGUUGUUAGUCAGAGUACCUUGUGGUAUGCAGUUAAUAUCUUUACAGUUACUUUGCCUCUGUUUAUUAAAUAUUCAAAUACAAUAUUAGAAUAUGAACAUGCUUCUGCUGUUGGUCUAUUUUCUGUGAUCUAAUAUUAAGUAUGAUCAACUUCACUGAGGAGCUCAGACUGAAGCUGUGAGUGCAGUAGCAGCAUUUCAAGACACAAUAGAUGAUUGCAGCAUUAGAAGGUAGUUUAAGCUGUAGCUUCACUGCAAGUAGCACUUCAUUCAUUUGGUGAAAAUGUUGUUCAGAUUUGGAUGAAAAAUGUAUGUAUCGAACAUCCAAACAGGAUGGAAAGUUUAUGUAUCAAGCAUCAGUGAAAAUUGCAGAAAUUUAAUGUAUCUAGUGCUGGCACUAUUCUGUGAUAUUACUUUUAUAUCUGCAAUUAUGAUUUCAUAGCUAGUUCAUUUUCUGGAAAAAAAAUUAUAAAAUUAUAUAUAUAUACAGUAUAAAGAAAAACGAAUAAAAUGACUAACCAGCUACAGUAUCUAAAGCCAUUGGACAUAUAGUGACCAGGAUCCCUCCAGAUUCUUUCAUCAUUAAGUACCCUGUUGUCAUUGGCCACACAACGAGGAAGCAGUGAAAAUGUUGAUAUUUUCUUCAACUCUAGAACAGAGCACUUUAUUCAGCCUCUUCAUUUAUUUUCAACUUGCAAAGCAGUUCUUCACCCUUAAAUUAUUGAGUGGUUCCUUCCACCUCUAUGUUUAAUAUUGGUUUUUAACUUACUUGAUGAUCAUUUUAAUUAUUUCUGUUAGUUAAGAAAAUAAAGUCUGAAUUAUUAUGUGGUUUGGUACGAUAAUAACGCAACUUGGCUGGCUUUGUGGCUCUUGCAAAACAGUGAAGUGGAGACCGGAAACUGAAUAAGACAAGUUGGCUUUUGGACUCCAUAAUUAAUUAAUAAAAAGACAAAAAGAAAAAAAGUGGUUGUUGUGGCUUCCUAAUUUGAAAUUAAGAGUUUUGAGCAUAUAUAUAUAUAUACUGUACAUAUAUAUAUAUUAUACACAAAGUUGCUGCAAACAAAACAAAUUCAGUAUUUUGUAUAGACAGAUUAUAAAAACAAAAAAAAAUUAAAAUGGCUCAAACUCCAAUGAGAAAAUUCUGCAUUAUUGUGAUACACAAAAGUGUUUUGUUAAGACAAUCCAUGCUGUAUAAUCUCAGUACAUCCAUCCUUCUAUCCAUUAUUCAACCCGCUAUAUCCUAACACAGGGCCACGGGGGUCUGCUGGAGCCAAUCCCAGCCAACACAGGGCGCAAGGCCAGGAACAAAUCCCAGGCAGGGCACACAAACCAAGCACACACUAGGGUUAGAUAGCAUCUUUCAGGCCAGAAUUACAGUUUGGGCAGAUUUACACAAUCCCACAGAAGCCCAGUGGUCAUGCUUGCUUGCUUGAUGCUUAUGGGAUGCUGGGGGACUGUAUGAUACUGAAGACUUGCUCUCUAGUUAAGAAUGGCUUAAAUGGAAUACUCCCUGACACUACCAUUCCUCAAAAAAUGUCAAACUGUCUGCUUUCAAAUUUCAUUUCAACACAACUGGAUCAUUUCUCUAUGUAUGAGGCGUUCUAUACUUGUAAACCAUUGACCUUUGAUUAUAAUUAAAAAGGAGAUAAACAAAGCAUCUUAAACAAAAAAAGAAUUAAAGUGUUUUUUAAAUUUGCCAUUCAUAUAUAUUAAGGUGCCUAGAUGUUAGUAGGUAUGAAAUACCAGUGUUUUAUCAUUUUCAUGUGUUUUCCAGAGAGUAAAAGCAAUUUGAGUCUGAUGAAGCAGUUGCUGUCGGAUUGAUUGCUAAAUCGUCCAGAUCUCAGUGUGAUUGUGCGAACGCUUUAUACAAACCUACAGUGAAGCUCCCUUUUGGAUGAGCAGUUGCUUCGCACCAUGAAAGGUUCCUGCACAACAACAUAAAGGAUAAUUUGACUUUUAAAAAUAGAUACAUGAACCUUAACCUUGUUAUGUUUGUUUUAUAUAAAACAGAAAACAAAAACAGAUUUCAUAAAAUAGAUUUCAUGACACUGCCUGGCUAUUUAAUUUGCAUAAACAGUACACAACUGUUCUCAUGUUAUGCAGUAAAGGCAUCAGACAAAAUUGUUACUUGUAGGUAUCCAUUAUAAGCAGCUUUUAACAGUCUGCCUAUUAUAGAACAUAAGAUAUAAAUCAGUGAGUAAUGGCAGUGACAUAAAAUAUUUCAAGAGUCUUACUGUUUUAAUAGUUAUUUAUUACUGUUGACAGCAUAUUUAGUAAAAUGUCUAUAGACAGUUAUUAGCUGGUUUGAAAUGGAUCCUUAAAGCGUGACCAUAUUAUUUCUUUCUGAGCUCAUGAAAUGAAAACUGAAGAAAUGCUUAGAUGCUCCUUAUCAGUUAUCUAGUCUACUUAGACAUCAUAAUUGUUUUCUACAAUUUUAUCGUCUUCUCAAUAUUUUAUCUUUUUUAAAGGAGAAACGUGUGUGACGGUAAAAUUGUCCAAAUGCUGCUUUUUUCUUUAAUUAUUUUUCUUUCCUUUUCCUGGCAGGUUAAUAAACAUGGCAGCUGAAUUCUGUAGAGAUCUUGUGUAAUUCAUGUUUUGUUCACAUGAUGUUUAGUUUGAUCAAAUACGUUAAAAUAUAAAAAAAAAAUAUUAUUUUGUAACUGAUAAUCCUUAUAUACAAUAAAGUGGGGUCAAGCAAAUUAUUGUAA